CCGAGUUUCAGCAAGCCACAAUUUGUUGCAUGUGGAGGGGCAUAUGAAGAGAAUAGUAUUAAUAUCACCAAAGAUUCCAUUUGUGACAAGGAGACUAUUGAAGAAAUUACUAUACAGUUUGCAGUUCAGCUUUAAUUUUACUAAUAAUUUGCCAGUUGUUUGUAUUCAUCCAUUUCACCAUGGAACGAUUAGAUGGUGGAACUCGAUACGACCUUGGUCGCGACUUUGUCGGAUCUGCUAGGUUGAAUCUCCAGCAUUAUCUCUGGAAAGAAACACUGGGCUUUGAUCUUCACCCCCGAGCAGAAGCAGAUAAUUCUUCCGAAGGCCUGCGGAUCGCCGACGUGGGUACAGGCACUGGUGUAUUCAUUCUUAGCCUGGCACGCCGUUUAUCGCCAUCAUGCAGCUUCGUUGGGUUCGAUAUUUCUGAUGAGCAGUUUCCAGUUCCCGAUGGCGUCCCCGAUAAUGUCGCCUUUCGCAUUGCAGAUGCCAUGUCAGAUCCUCCGGAUGAGUUUAUAGGUCAAUUUGAUAUCGUGCAUCUCCGUCUAUUCUUUUGCGUGGUCGAGGAUAAUAAUCCCCUACCUCCGCUAAAUUUCUGCUUGAAAUUACUCAAACCUGGUGGCUUUCUGCAAUGGGAUGAGUAUGACCAAGCAUACACGAAAGCAUAUAAAUUAUCUCCUCAGGCACCAAUUGCGGCGAUGACCGCUAUGCGGGAGGGCUUCAGUAACGGAAGGCAGUUAGGUUGGAUCACAACCUUGAAGGACUUUUGUGAGACCCAUGGCGUGCAAGACGUUGAAUGUAUCCGAACCGGUCCGCCACCUGAUUUCCUAACAGCGUACACUCAGAUGGUUCUGGUAUUAUAUCUGGAGCAUGCUUCGUUGCAUGAUAACAGCGGUAAUAAAGAGAAGGGUGAUAGCCUCAGACUGCUUGUCGCAAAAUGUGCAGAGGAAUUGAAACAAGGCGGGGUGUGCCGACAUUGGUUACAGGUUGUUACUGGACGAAAGAGAUUCUAAACAUUAAUACUAAUAUUGUACAGGGUUGACUAAAUGGUGGUUUU